CUGCUGUUCAACCUGAACAUGUCCGGCCUGUCCAGCCGAGACCACAUCCUGGAGUUCACCCCGGCCCUGUCCACACUCAACAACCACGUGCGCUACUCCAUCGACUACGGCAACGAACUGGGCUACUUCAAGAUCAGCCAGAGGGAGGGGCUUAGCUACCUGCACCUGUCCAAGAGGAAGUCCCUCCCCCCUGGAGCCUACUUCCUGCAGAUCAGUAGUGUGGCCGUGUACAGGAAGAAGGAGCUGGCAGCGCUGGAGGACAGCAACGAUAAAGACUACCUCACAGGCCAGCUGGGAGACACACUCACCAUGAGGGUGCAGAUAGUCCUGCAUUAACCUACACUACAGGACUGACUGGGGUGGCUGGUCUGGGCUGGGUGGGUGGGGAGUGUCUGCCUGUAAACACUGGUCUAGGAACAGAUUAAUUUACCCUUGAUCCAUAUCUCAACCAUUAGGAUGGGGAGAGAAGAUCUGACCCUGGGUCAGUGGUUAUGGGCAACUUCUACCUACUCUAAGAGAGAGCUUGGGACAAUCUCAACACCAAAGAGACUAAUGGGUGGGUGGGGGGAGGGGGGAUUGCGUUGUUUGAUUCCCAAAGAUGAUUCUACAUAUCAUAGAUACAACCUUUAGUGCUACAGUGUAGGCCUAACCCACUGGCUACAGUAUGGCUGUCUGAAGAAAGGCUUAGAGAAUGAGAAUGACAUGGAAUGAAGACAUGACAAUGACACAACAAUAACCACUCUAAACUGCUCUGUGCAGGAAGCUCUGGUUUGAAUGUUUUUUUUUUUUUUUUAAUGAAAAAGGUUUAUAUGAAAUAGGUUUUGUAUGAUGAUAUGUGGAAUCUGCCACUCUUUUGUGGGACAUGUAAGGCAAAUGCCAUAUCCACCCAUAGCCCCUACCCCCAAGACCAUGAGGGUAGCUAGGGAGUAUGGGGUAGGAGGUAGGGGCUAGCGGUGGAUUUGGACUGAGUAGCAGAGUGCAGAAGUCACUGAUGCUGAGUGUUCACAGCUUGGCAGAGGUGGAAGUGAAAGGCAGUGUUCAGAUUCUCCACCCUUCUCCCUGAAGUGUGCACUUGCUCACUCCCCCUUCAUGGUUCACAAAGCAAUGGCUGCUAAGGAGAGUUUCCACCAUAUUAGGUAAACCAGUCCAUUCCUUUCAAAUCCCUGAGGGGAGAAGGGUAGGGAAUUGAACCGUAGCUAAAGUCUUUAGCUAGAAGGACCCCUCUUCCUCAUCAUAACUAUGCUUCUUCAUCUUCCCCACUGACUAGACUUCAGCAUUACACAUAUUUACUGGUGCUAGUAACAAAUCCACAUAGACUUAUGAAUGCACUGUAAUACUCAACACACAGUAGCUGUCUGUCUACUGUCCUUUUAAUAAGAUGUCAGACGUCUUCUUUUCAACCAAAACCAAAGUAACAGCCUGUCUGCUCUCUAUACCACAUGUAAAUGAAGUGUGUUUAUACUGUAAUCAAUGCCAUGUUUAGAAUGUUAAUCUAUGAAGCCUUUUGUAAACUAGAGAACGCCCCUGAGAGGAGGGGGUGUAAUGGUGCUUAUAAUGACCUACUACUUCCUUUGAUAAACUGUAUACACACACACAUUAAAAACACACACACUCGCAAACACACAACACAAAUACACACACACGCCCUCAAACACACUCAAAACAUACACCGUUCUGAUGAUGCCAAACCUGUGCCUUCAUGAUUAUGCACUGAGGUCGACGCGGCCACACACUUUUCGCUCUGUCAAUCAGUGCUCCGUAGCGAAGUCAAUCAGACCAGCCGCAGACUCAUCCGUCUGUCGCUCUGUCACAUCAGUGAGGGUUUAGUUGUAAAGUCACAAUAAAAACUUGUUUUUUUGUUUAAAA